AUGCUCGAAGUUCUCGGAGACAUCCUGGAUAGCUGGGGAGACGAAUGCGUCGAAGGGCUGGCCAAGAUGCGCCCAGAAGAUAUUUUCCGGAAAGCACGUGACGUCAUGACAGAGCUCGCUCAGCUCACGAGGACACAAGGAGUCUUGAUCGAGAGCCUGAAAGGCGACAUAGAAGGCGUUCGGCAGGAGCUCGACAACGAGACGAAGCAUAGCCUCACAACGCAGCUGCUGCAAUGCCAGGCGCGCAUCGAUGAAGAUAACCGGAUCGCAAAAACAAUUCUUUCGAGGCUCGUUGAAAAAGAUUCCAAAAUCUUCGCCCUCCAAGGAAAACUCAAAAAGUACACACAUACCACGCAGCAAAUGAAGGAGAUUGAGCAAGAGUCUGACUUUCACUUCACCCUCUUAUGCGAAGCCCACAGAAAGAUUCAGGAGAUAAUUCCAGUUCACGAUGAGAUCUUGGCCCGGGCUAGGGCAACAGUGAAGGCUACGUCCGACUGCUUAGACGACGCCUUGGCGGCAGAGGAAGCCUUCCAGGCCGAUGCGAAAGUGAAUGUCGAGGACGUUAUACCUUCUGUCCGUGUGAAGCGGCAGACAGUCAAACCCUGA